AUGUUGCUGGGCGAGCAGACCGGGACGGCGGGUCACUUCUCGACCAUCUCGUCGUCCUUUUCAGCACUCAUCGCCCACUGGCGUUCCUACCGACAUAUCCACCGCAUCGCCCUAGUCAUCUUUGUACUUUUAACCAUCUUUGUGCUGGAAAGGUACCGGUCCGCACUGGCCAGUACGUUCCAAACAUCAACCGAUCCCAUUGCCGUUCCUGGGGGAAACUCGGCAGCCCAGGAUAAUAAUCAUUAUGAGCCUUACCCGGAGGCCAAUCAAGGAGGAGGAGGGAAACAUGGUUCCGAGGAAUCAAAAUCCAAGUAUCAGCAAAUGACUCCCGAACAACUCCUCGAGUUGUCCCAGAAGAACGCGGGCAACAGCACCCUCGGCUUCCACGCCAUCAAGUACAUCAACAUGAAGGCCCGCUAUGACCGCGAGGACGCCAUGGCGCUGCAGGCGUACAUGUCCGGGCUGGAUAUUGAGGAUGCCCCGGCCGUGGAGGCGGAUAUGAUUGAUCCCGUUGGGAUGCCGCCUACGCAUCGGCCGGGAAGGCUCAGGGUGGGGGAGAAGGGGUGUUGGAGGGCUCAUGCUAAUAUCUGGUCCCAAAUGACCCGCCACCGCCUCCCCCCCAUCUUGAUUCUCGAAUCCGACGCCGCCUGGGACCUCAACAUCCGCACCAUCAUGUCCAAUCUCAACACGCACUUCAUCGAUUUCUUAAACCAAAUCAACUCCACCGCCGUCCACGAUCCCUCCUACCAGUCUCCCAACAACCAUCUUCACCAUCCUAACCCCCCCUCCUAUUCUGACAAUGGGCCAAUCAAACCUAACCCCGACGACCCCUGGUUGUCUGAACACUGGGACUUGUUCAGCAUCGGCCAGUGCUUCGAGUACUCCCAGGACCGCGAAAUCAAGCUAGUCUAUGACGACGAAAGUGUCCCCGCCGGCAAGGAGUACUGGGGCAAGAAAAUGGGGAAGGAGAGGGUGAUUAGGAAGAGUGGAGGGAUUACGUGCACGACGGCUUAUGCGAUCAGUCAUACGGGCGCGGCAAAGUUGCUGUUGAGGGGGGCGAUGGAUUUGGAUAAUCCUGUGGAUUUGUUGAUUCGGAGGAUGGUGAUGAGUCGGGAUCUGGUGGCGUAUAGUUUGUUUCCGCCCGUGAUGGCGCAGUGGGAGUACAUCGGGGGGAUAGGCAUGGCGGAACGAGGCGCGCAGUCGGAUAUUAAUGGUGGGAAACAUCGGGAUACGCCCGAGGAUGCGGAUAUGCCGGGGUGGAAGGAUGUCCAGGAGAAGGCGACCAUUUGGCAGACCAAGGGACAUCAUCAUGAUGUUGCGUUUGAGAAGAUGGCGCUGAAGGAGGCGUGGACCGAGAUCAUGGGCGAGGGACCUGAAAAGUUGGGGGAGAGCUUGUGGAAUCCUGAGACGGGGGAUUAAAGUCGGUCAGUUUUGGAAGGAAUUGGAUACAGACAAAGGGAACAAAAUGAACGGAAGGGAAAGAAGACGAACAAGGCCAAGUGGCUGCUGCAGUGCUUGUCAACAAAAACAUCAUGCUUGAAUCAGUUAUGAAAGUUUAUCUAAUACAUUUCUACGUGCAGCUAC